AACAAGGUCUUUAUUCCAUGUUAUAUCUAUGAAGGUUGAUCAUUGCACCAAUAGAGAAGCUUGUGUUGUCAUCUGUGGUAUUACAACAAGGUCUGUAUUCCAUGUUAUAUCUAUGAAGGUUGAUCAUUGCACCAAUAGAGAAGCUUGUGUUGUCAUCUGUGGUAUUACAACAAGGUCUGUAUUCCAUGUUAUAUCUAUGAAGGUUGAUCAUUGCACCAAUAGAGAAGCUUGUGUUGUCAUCUGUGGUAUUACAACAAGGUCUUUAUUCCAUGUUAUAUCUAUGAAGGUUGAUCAUUGCACCAAUAGAGAAGCUUGUGUUGUCAUCUGUGGUAUUACAACAAGGUCUUUAUUCCAUGUUAUAUCUAUGAAGGUUGAUCAUUGCACCAAUAGAGAAGCUUGUGUUGUCAUCUGUGGUAUUACAACAAGGUCUUUAUUCCAUGUUAUAUCUAUGAAGGUUGAUCAUUGCACCAAUAGAGAAGCUUGUGUUGUCAUCUGUGGUAUUACAACAAGGUCUUUAUUCCAUGUUAUAUCUAUGAAGGUUGAUCAUUGCACCAAUAGAGAAGCUUGUGUUGUCAUCUGUGGUAUUACAACAAGGUCUUUAUUCCAUGUUAUAUCUAUGAAGGUUGAUCAUUGCACCAAUAGAGAAGCUUGUGUUGUCAUCUGUGGUAUUACAACAAGGUCUUUAUUCCAUGUUAUAUCUAUGAAGGUUGAUCAUUGCACCAAUAGAGAAGCUUGUGUUGUCAUCUGUGGUAUUACAACAAGGUCUUUAUUCCAUGUUAUAUCUAUGAAGGUUGAUCAUUGCACCAAUAGAGAAGCUUGUGUUGUCAUCUGUGGUAUUACAACAAGGUCUUUAUUCCAUGUUAUAUCUAUGAAGGUUGAUCAUUGCACCAAUAGAGAAGCUUGUGUUGUCAUCUGUGGUAUUACAACAAGGUCUUUAUUCCAUGUUAUAUCUAUGAAGGUUGAUCAUUGCACCAAUAGAGAAGCUUGUGUUGUCAUCUGUGGUAUUACAACAAGGUCUUUAUUCCAUGUUAUAUCUAUGAAGGUUGAUCAUUGCACCAAUAGAGAAGCUUGUGUUGUCAUCUGUGGUAUUACAACAAGGUCUUUAUUCCAUGUUAUAUCUAUGAAGGUUGAUCAUUGCACCAAUAGAGAAGCUUGUGUUGUCAUCUGUGGUAUUACAACAAGGUCUUUAUUCCAUGUUAUAUCUAUGAAGGUUGAUCAUUGCACCAAUAGAGAAGCUUGUGUUGUCAUCUGUGGUAUUACAACAAGGUCUUUAUUUCAUGUUAUAUCUAUGAAGGUUGAUCAUUGCACCAAUAGAGAAGCUUGUGUUGUCAUCUGUGGUAUUACAACAAGGUCUUUAUUCCAUGUUAUAUCUAUGAAGGUUGAUCAUUGCACCAAUAGAGAAGCUUGUGUUGUCAUCUGUGGUAUUACAACAAGGUCUUUAUUCCAUGUUAUAUCUAUGAAGGUUGAUCAUUGCACCAAUAGAGAAGCUUGUGUUGUCAUCUGUGGUAUUACAACAAGGUCUUUAUUCCAUGUUAUAUCUAUGAAGGUUGAUCAUUGCACCAAUAGAGAAGCUUGUGUUGUCAUCAUCUGUGCAAGCGAGGACAUCCCCUCAGAGGUGUCGGUGAUAGGGCAGGGGGAUUCUGGUUCCAGAUUCCUUCUGGAGAAAAUAGCUGGAAAAAAGCCGGCAAAACUGUUAUUACUACCAAUAACUGAACUUCAGUUUGUUAUCAGUAAAUAA